GGCCUGGUCGUUCUGCCGAUUUUCAACUGAAUUCUCACCUAUCAACACUGGCAAAUAUUCACAAGAUUUACCACACCCUCAAUAGGCUGUUCUUGUGGAAAACAUUGAAUGAGCAAGCUGUCCUCUUACAACCAUGCAAAGAGUGAAACAAGAUAUUUUUUGAAGACUGCCCCUGCUUGUUUGCUGUGCAUUUACAUUUUGUUUUAUUGCAACUGUAGCUGGAAAUGCCAAUAUGUCUUCUGUUUGUACACUGCAAAUUUAGUGGAAAAGAUACUGCCUUAAAAAGGGGAAUCUGACAGAGGACGUUGGUCAAGACGAUCACCAGACAGGAGAGAGGCUUUCAAAGAUACGAAGAAUAGGAAGUCUCCGGUCUUGCAGUUCAUCAGACUGCUUUAGUAAAGUGAUGCCUCCAAGGAAAAAGAGGAGACCUGCAGCAGGAGAUGAUUUAUCUGCUAAGAAAAGUAGACAUGAUGGUAUGUAUAGAAAAUAUGAUUCGACUAGAAUAAAAGCAGAGGAAGAAGUUUUUUCAAGUAAGAGAUGCUUAGAGUGGUUCUAUGAAUAUGCAGGCACUGAUGACAUUGUAGGGCCAGAAGGUAUGGAGAAAUUUUGUGAAGACAUUGGAGUUGAACCAGAAAAUGUAGUUAUGCUUGUGCUAGCAUGGAAGUUGGAUGCACAAAACAUGGGCUACUUUACAUUGCAAGAAUGGUUAAAAGGAAUGACAUCACUACAAUGUGAUACUACAGAAAAAUUGAGAAAUUCUCUGGAUUACUUGAGAUCUUUAUUAAAUGAGCCUACCAAUUUUAAACUUAUUUAUAGAUACGCAUUUGACUUUGCACGGGAAAAGGACCAGCGCAGCCUAGAUAUCAAUACUGCCAAGUGUAUGUUGGGCCUUCUUUUGGGAAAAACAUGGUCCCUUUUUCCAGUAUUCCACCAGUUUCUAGAGCAAUCAAAAUACAAAGUUAUCAAUAAGGACCAAUGGUGUAACGUUCUUGAAUUCAGCAGAACAAUUAACCUUGACCUCAGUAACUAUGAUGAAGAUGGAGCCUGGCCAGUGUUGUUGGAUGAGUUUGUGGAGUGGUAUAAAGGAAAACAGAUGACAUAGGAGUUUAACUAUGCACAGCCACUCAAGAGUCACUGUUACCACAGUUAUGUCAACCAUUAGCCAUAAACUGCUAUUUGUAUCAAAGUGCAUGCUGCUUUUCUUGCACUGCAUCCCUUUUGCAGGGAACUUUUGAUGUUUGCUAUUUAACAAGCUAGCUAUGCUUGCUGUGUAGCAUUGUUCUCUUUGAAGGCUGCUUUGCAUUUUGUAUUUACACUACGAAUUGGUGAAUUUGCCAGCGUCUUCACUGUGAUUAUGUGUAUAUUGCUGUCUAAAUUUUGUAUAUGUGUAUAAAAAAAAAGCUUCACCUAGGGAUUAUUUCUGCAGAAAUGUAUUGUAAAAAUAAUUUUGUGGCAUAUUCCUAGUCCUCACUUACAUGUUUGUUUGAAAAUAUAGUUAUUUUGUUUUUCUUUUGGUCUCAAAUGUAGCAUUUCAGAAAAUGAAAUUAACAGACCGCUUGGAGGUAGUUAUGUGAAGAACUAUUCAAUUUUCAUGUUACUAUUUGAGAUGCCAAUUUCAGAGAAGACAUGCUGUGACUUUCUUCAUCGGAUUUCGCCAAACCUGACCUAUUGCUUAAUAGGAAUGAAACAUUGGUGUCUUAAACUAUAUAUACACCCAUAUAAAUAUUGAAACACUGUAAUAGUUGUACAUGCCACAGAUGAUUUCCAUUUGAAGAAAAAAGUACUGAGUUUUUAAUGUUAAAACUGCAGUAGUCGUUACAGGUACCAAUGAACAAAUUAAAGUACCUUCUAAAAAUGGGUUUUAGACUUCCAUAAAUUGCAUUUGGCACACUCCUUUUAAUUUUUGGUGUACCAAGAGUGUUUGGUCUAUGUUGCGAUCUAGUGAAAUUAAAAGUUGUAAGCUAGAAUUAGUGGUUUGGGGAAUAAAAGUCUGCUCACCCCUAACACAUAGGUAAUACAGAUUUGGGGUUGGCUGCUUUUGGUUUUUUUGGUUUUUUUUUUUUUUGUUUGUUUGUAACACUAGUCUUUCCCAGGGUCUCUAACUUUCUGUUUCUAAGUAAUUAAAAAUAUGAUAUCAAAUAGUCAAAAUAUUACUUUUUCUUUCGUGCUGGGGAUUGGAAUUUCCUAGCAGAAUGUCCAUUGCAGGCAAUGGGCUUGUUAAACACCAGCAUUGAAUGACAGUACUUUUUAGUAGGGGCCACUACCUAUAUCACUCAUUUCUUUAUCUGUAUAGGACAGUUCUAGUGAUUAUUUUGGGGAAAACGAGUGAAUGGAAUGAUGUUUAAGUUCUGUAAUUUUGUCACAUUGUCUUUGCCUUACCCUUCUUUAUUAGGUAACGUUACUGUUGAUUUUAAUAAAUAGGUCCUUGAAGUAUCCGGUGCUAUUAAACUUGGACCCCUAAGGAUUUAUUAAAAUGUUCCAUAUUGAUUCAGGGAGCAUUUAACCAAAAAGGGCCAGUGGGUGUUUUGGAAUUAAUAACGUUACUUUUCUGUAGAAAUAUUUCACAAGGUAUUGACAGUUUUGAUAUUUCUAUAGAAUGCAGUUCAGGGGAAGGAGGGGAAAGCAUUUUAAGUUGAAUGUGAAAUUUUCAACCAUACUGAAGGUCCUAUUCUGCCAUCACUGAAGUCAGGAACAACUGUCAUUAGCUUGACUACUUUCAGCAUUAAGCCUAGUUUAGCAAAAGCACAUUCGUUUGCUGCCCUGGACCAGGAGGUUGUAACUGUGGUCCUACAGGUGGUCAGUCGUGUUCAAAUCUGUUUGGUGGUGGUGUUUUUUGUUUGUCAAACUCAGUGGCCAAAGACAAAAAUUGUGUGUGCUUGUGUAUAUUUGUAUUAUAUACGUAAAUAUAGAAUAUGUAUGCAUAUACAAAACAUAAUUUCAUGAUGCUGAGAAGAAAAUGUCACCUUUCCCUGUGAAAUAGUCACGCUCAGAUUUCCAUGACACUAAAUAGCACUCUUUAAAAUUAAUAGUGAUAAAACUUAUAUAGCCACUGCUUUCUCAUGUACUAAUAGGCAUAACCUUAAUUCCAUGUUUGAUGCCAGUUUGCACAAGAAAUUAAUUCCGUGGAGUGUGGUAUUUAAUGUUUACAAUAAGCCUCUUACUAAAACACACAGGUUUUAUUAAGACUUCUGAUGUAAAUGUGUAUAUUACCAUAGUAUAACCGUAAGGAAGUAUCAGUGGAGCUGCUGGUUUAGUUCUUAAAAGAAUGAACUUAGAAGCAAUAUAACUUUUAACAUUAGGCUCAAUUGUGGUUGCUAAGAUUUUAAGUGAAAUACUGUAAUUGUUCUUAAAUGUUAAGCCUAGCUACUGACUCUAGAAAACGGUUUAGCACAAAUUGGCUUGAAUCCUGCAACAAAUACAAGGUUUGCAUAAAAGGUUUUGUAUGUCCAAUAAUGGAAGCAAGAGCCAAAGACACUUUUGAUCUAUUACUGUUAUAGGUAUAACUUUCAUAUAACAGGGUCAACAGAAAUCUCUUCAGCUCAGCCAGGUGCUCUUUUUCCGAGUUUUGCUAAUGUUUAGCAAAACAGAAAAUUUAAUUAAACACAAAGAACACAGAGGAAGAGAAACCUCAGAAAGUACUCAUGCUGUGUAAGUAAACAAACCUCAUUUUUCUUUGGGUAAAAGUAAUCAGGAGUGAUGGAAAGGAAGAAUGUGUUUGGAAAUGGAUCAGAUAGAUGCUGCAAAAUUUUUUUUCUUCCACUGGCAAGCAGGAUGAAUCUGUAGUCUUCAGAAGGUUUAUGAACAUGCAUCUUCAUAAAAUAAACCACAAAUUCAAUUACAGCUAGUAGACAGCUUUACUGACAUUUAUAGAGAGCAAAUGGACUAAAAUGGACCGUAUGGUUUGAUAAGCUUCCCUGUGCUAUCCAUCCUUCUGGUUUUGCUAUAUGCUGAUAAGCAGAGGAUCCUAACAUUGCCAGCUCUUGUAUUUUGGAGGAAUUCCCACUCACUUUUACAUAAUUGUGGAAACUUAACUAAGCUCUUCAGUUUACCUGGUAUUUGGUACAAGUUUGGUGUUUGCUUUUUUUGUUUGUUGUGCCAUCAUAUAGUUGAUGUAGGAAUUUUUGUGUUGGUUUUUUUUGUGUGUGUGUAGUGUUUUUUUUCCUUUUGAAAAGUAAUAUACAGAACAUGGUGACUUGUUGGACAAGAAGACACUGAGAGGUCAUUCUGACAGAAAUGUCACAGGUCUUGCACUAACCUUUCUGGUGUACUAUUACUGUCCUUAUAGCAGAAACUUGAUGAUCUAUGUGCAAUUCAUCCUCGGUAUUUGGGAGAUGAGAAGUGGAAAGCCAGUUAGUGAAAGGAAAACAGAAUCCAGAGACUAUAGCAGUGGACACUCAAAGUUGAUAGAUGAGAAACAUUUGGAGCCAUUUGGACUCAAUGAUCUUAAAGGUCAUUUCCAACCUAAAUGAUUCUAUGAUACUAUGAAUAUUAGUAACCAAAACAUUCCACAAAUUAAAUUUCAUUUUAAAGCAAAAUAAUAUUAAGUAUUUAAAAUAUUAAUAUAAUUCUGUGUUACUGUUGUUUUUUCACUUUUUAUAUUUUUCAAGGAAGGCAAGCUGAAGAGGGUGGAAUUUAUUGGAAUCCUUAUGUACUUGAAUUUUCAGUUAAAACCUGUUUAAGGUUGUCUUUAAGCUACAAUAAAUGUUUGGGUUACUUUUGUGUAGCCUUUUCUACCAUUUGUAGAGGACUGGAGGCUUCUCCCAUUUUACCACAAAUACAUGCAUUUUAUUUCAUCCCAAAUAUGCUCACACAAUCAAAAUUUGUUACAGCUCAUUACUACUUGGUUUAUGUUCCCAAGUAACUUUUUUGGAGGGCAAGAAAUGGAUGUCAGUUGUGUUAAGGUUUUCCCAGAUUUCUGUUGACCCUUGGUCACAAGUCUAACAAAUUGUUUAAUACUCUUGGAAUUCAUAUAGACAGCUUUAAAAGUUAGCUUGUGCCCUGGUUUUAAUGAUAACUGCUGAAAUACCUCUUUCUAGGCCUUAUAUUUUGUCCUUUCAUAUUGCCAUAAAAGUGUAUAGAAUCCAUCCACCAACUAAAUAGUUUGCUGUCUGUAACUGCAACCAAAUCUCAGCUUGAUUUUUUUGUUGUUUUUUUUUUUUUUUUAAAUCCCCCCCCGUGUGUGUGCGCGAAUGUGUGUACAUGUGUUGUUACAAAAUAGUACCUACUGACACUGCUGUUGCAGGAACAGCAGUUAACCUGUAACUGUGAAUGCUUUAUGUCUUAGUUACUUGGAUAUUACAUAAAUAAGGUGUGCUAAACUCCUGUGACUCACGACCUGAUGAAAAUACUGUUACGCCACCUAACAUGAGUUCAUCCAGUUGAUUUUUAGGUCUUUUGCUGGUGUUGAUGUAAAAUGGCAUCCCACAAAUAAACAGUAUUUGUGUUGGUUUCA